CUACCCUCAAGUGAUCAUGAAUGGAGAUCUAUCGCAGAAGAAUACAAUAAACGAUGGAAUUUUCCUCACUGUGUCGGCGCCAUCGACGGCAAACACGUCGUAAUCCAGAAACCAGAAAACACAAUAAGCGAGUUUCAUAACUAUAAAGGAACAGACAGUAUUGUUCUAUUGGGAAUAGCGGAUGCUAACUACUGUUUUACGUAUGUCAACGUUGGAUGCCAAGGCCGUAUCUCAGAUGGAGGAGUAUUUAAAAAUACUUCGUUCUCUAAGAAACUCGAAAAAAAUGAACUUGGUUUACCGGAAUGUGAAGCACUGCCUGGUCGUAUGAUGAAACUUCCUUAUGUCUUAGUUGCCGAUGAUGCGUUCGCCUUAUCUGAAAAUAUUAUGAAACCAUACGCCACAGAUUUGAACAAAGGAUCCCCAAAAAGAGUAUUCAACUACAGGUUGUCCAGAGCGCGUCGUAUUAUAGAAAAUACUUUUGGGCUGCUUUCAGCCGUGUUUAGAAUAUUCCGCAAACCCAUAGAAAUAAAAGUUGAAGAAACAAUAGUUAACAUUGUUUUGGCUUGUGUUUACCUUCACAAUUUUUUAAGAAUGCAGCCCGAUUCCGCAAAGUUUUAUUCAACAUCAGGGUGUUUUGAUAACGAAGAUUCUAGCACAGGAGAAAUUAUUCCAGGAUCAUGGAGAGAAAUAACCUCUGGUGACACUGGUUUAAGACAACUUAGAUCAAUUCCACGAAAACCAGCGUCCAACGCAACAAAUAUCAGAGAAGAAUUUAAAUCAUACUUCAUGUCUGAAAUAGGAUCAUUACCAUUUCAGGACAAAUACUUGUAAAAUAUUUUAA